AUGCUCAAGACUGUUGCUGCAUUUUUCUGCCUCUUUGCGUGUGCAUUCGUAUCGGCAAAUGACUCCGACAUGCCAAAGCCCUGCAAUUCCGACCGGCAGUACGAGGCAGGCGUGCAGAUAGUAAACAACGAAGGAAAGGUGAGCGGCAGGUCGGGAUUGAUCGAAGGCAAGAUGUCCUACGAUGCCGACAAUGAACGCGUUGCAACCGUCGGCUACAACUAUCACCGCGGCCUACACAUUCGUUUGCUACAAAUCUUCGGUUCGAAUCUUGCCUACGUCAUAUUUCUUUCCAACAACACAUGCAAGGCGAGUGAGAUGGUAUUUCCAUUGGCACCUUCUGGGGUGCCAAGCACAGCAAUGUUUGUCAAUUCAUACCUCUUGGGCAGUAUGUCACAUGGAUUUCGGGUCAAUCAAUGGCUUUACACGUACAAAUCUCUAAACAAAAGUGACGGAGAUUUAGAAAUGAAAACUUGGAAUGGUCAUUACACAGACGAAGGCUGCAUUCCAAUUCGAUAUGAAAUAUUUAAAGGCAAUCUGGCUGUACCGCCGAGUGAACGAGAGGAGACACUCGAACUGUUCUCGAUAUAUUUUUCAAACUACAAGGCAGGAAUCGCCGACCACAGUGUGUUUGAUGUUCCGGCGAAUUGUCCACAGGAGUCUUCUGAUUUUCUCUCGAAAGAGGAAGUUAUGGAAUUGUUCUCGUGAGUCUUGUCUGUCACUCUGACUUAGUAUACCUACUGCUGCCUGCAAGAGCAGGUGGCAAGAGUCAGACUGUUGACUUGCUGAAGCAAUAUGCUUUAGCAAGUUUUCCUACGUUUUUUAGCCAUUUUCCUAGCUAUGUAGUGUAUGUAAUACUGCUGUAUAUAUUUUAGUCACACAAACAAUACAACACUAUUUUAAUUAAUUAAUGUUCAUUGUAUCAUUAAUAUCAACAA